UACUACCGUGCAAGGGGUACAAGUUGAUCAAUUUCCGUUUGGUAGCAUUUUGCUGGCAAAAUCAUGGAUGAAGACGGUCGUGUGAGGGGAACCUGGACGGCCGUGGCCUGGCUAUGCUCGGCUACAAUACACUCACUCACCUAAGGUACCCUUAUGACCCUGAGGCUGCUGGUGUACGAAGUCAAUAUGUACAAUCGCAGGUCACCACCAGCACUGUUCGCUGUUUUGUACGAAGCGUAUUACAGCACCCUAGGUACUCUACUAAGAGCCCCUCUCUCAUUGCGGGGAGGUUUCUGUGCCACUUGGCAACCGAAGGAAGUUUGUUUGUACUUGUAUGUAUGUAUGUAUCUGUACUGCACCUAGGGACAUACAUAGGGUACCUGAGAUAUCCGGUCGUUUCCGCCACGGAGGAGAAUCGAACGACUCCUCAUUGAACUACGUUACCCGAAAGCAGAAGUGGAGGCCGG